AUGGGCGUCUCCGGCCUGUUCAAAGAACUCGGACCUGGCCAGCGGAUCAGUGUCGCAAAACUGAGCGCCACUCACUUCACCACUCAUGGCCGUCCACUGCGCCUGGCAAUUGACGUCUCCAUCUGGCUGUUCCAAAUACUCGCGUCUAAAGGGGGCUCCAAUCCGGCACUGCGCACAUUCUACUACCGACUCCUCCGUCUUCUGAGCCUCAACAUUCAUCCUCUCUUCGUCUUCGAUGGACCGAACAAACCCACAUUCAAGCGCAACAAGCGAGUUGGAGGGCCGGGCGUGAGAGUGGCGAGUGUGCCCGAGUUCUUAGCAAAGGAGCUGCUGCGGAAAUUUGGCUUUCCGUGGCAUGUCGCUCCUGGCGAGGCCGAGGCUGAGUGUGCUUUGCUGCAGAGAGAAGGAGUCGUUGACGCCGUCUUGUCCGAAGAUGUGGACACUCUGAUGUUUGGAAGUGGCGUACUCUGGAGGAAUUGGACAGCAGAAGGCAAGGGCAAGGUACCAACGCAUUGCAGUGUCUACAAUGCGAAAGCGGUGAAAGAGAAGAGCGGCUUGGACAAAGAAGGCAUGGUAUUGGUAGCAUUGAUGAGUGGAGGGGAUUAUAUCGUGGAGGGGAUUCCUGGAUGUGGCCCGAAAGUCGGGUGUGAUGCUGCGAGAGCGGGCUUUGGUAAAGAGUUGUGCGCAUUGGCGAGGAAAAGAGAUGUUUCUGGAUUGAAGAUUUGGAGGGAGAAGCUACAGCAUGAGAUCAAUACGAACGAGAGCAAGUUCUUCUCUCGUAAGAGUAGCAAACUGGUGAUACCUGACGACUUUCCUGAUAGAGAAGUCCUUGGAUAUUAUACAGACCCAUGCGUGAGUACUGUGGAGAAAGUAGCGAGAUUGAAGGCCGAGGUGAAGUGGGAUCUGGAUAUGGACUUUCCGGCACUUCGGGCUUUCGCAGGCGACGCUUUCGAUUGGAGAUGUCUUGGUGGCGCGAAGAAGUUCAUCAAAAAUCUUGCACCUGCGAUGCUAGUGCGAGAAUUGAGGCUGAUGGGACACAAGGAUCAGCGUUUGGACACUGAUGAGCAGGCUGAGAAGGAGCAAGAAUACGUCCGGGCAAUACACAGCAAGCGAAAUCAUGCCACAACAGACAACGAGCUCGAGUAUCGAAUCUCAUUUAUUCCACAGAGUCUCGUGCCCAUCGAUCUCAGUAUUGAAGAUGAGGACGACGACUUUGUCCCUGCUGGUGGGGCAGAUGAGCUCGAAACCGAAGACGAGUGGGCACAAAUCCCAAGCAGUACGCAGGACGAGUCCGAUGCGCCGACUUCACCAACGAAGAAGCGUACAUUCAAGCCAUAUCAUCCCGAUCAGCCGGAGAAGGCUUGGAUGAUGCGCGACUUCCUUAAAAUGGGCUGUCCACUCCUGGUCGAACAGUACGAAGACAAAUCGCAGGAUCCCAAAGAGUUUUUCAAACAGAGGCGAAAAGCAAAGGCUGCCGCUGCAAAGGGCGACGGCAAUGUUCAUGCGAAGAAGUCUCGACGGAAGAAGAAUGAGAGCGACCCAACUCAGAUGCCUAUUGAUGUAUUUGGCACCAUCACAAAGUCAUCGCAAACCUCUGUGCAAGGAUUGAAGUCAUCGCAGGACCGAGAAUCACUCAAGGCCCAAUGUGUUAGCGAGGUGAUCAGCCUCCUUUCUUCUUCGCCCGUCAUACCGGCAGACCCUCCACGGCCAGACUCGCCUACGCCAGAACGACUUCGCGGUGGCUUUCUUCGAACGCACCGUGAUAAUGAGGAUCUGCUCAGCUUCUCUCCCGGCAAGCUGCCUGAUUCUAUUACGAAGAGGAGAAAGAAGGCGCCACUGAAGAGAGCCAAGACUGCACCAUCAAUAGGCAAUGACGAUCUCGAUCCACCACUGUAUAGAGCAACAAGCAGACCUUCUACGCCAGACUUAGCAACUCCCCUGGGCGACACUGUUGAGGCCAUGGAUCUCGCAAGUCCCAUACCAAUUCAUCUUACAUCACCACCCCUGCCUGCUGCACCACCAUUGCCUCCUACACAAAGCAAAUCUCUCGAGUCAUCCAGCUCAUCAUCAACAAGCGUAAAAUCUCGACCUCCAUCUUUGUCCACCACAUCGACUGCAGCAACCCUUCGUCUCCCCAAGACUAAGAUGAGAAUCAUCGCGAGGGAAAGUCUUCCGGGCGCGUGGAAGGAAGUGGAAGCUGAGACGUUGGAUUUGACAGGUGAUGGUAGUGGAUGGAAACAGAGUAGAGGUAGAGCUGUCUUGGUCAGCAGUAGUAAUGGCAGUAGUCAGAUGGGGAAGACUGGGAAGACUGCUGGAAAGAGUUGGAGGAAGAGUGAAGUGGAAGUAUUGGACUUGACUGGUGCUUGAUUGAGAGUCUCAGGUAGCCUUUUUUUUUCUUUUCUGAAUCUGCUUGGGUUAGCGAUGGUGUUUUUGUGUGGAGGCUAGGUUGCUUGGGAUACCCCCCCUCUGUUGAAUAUCAUGAUGUUUGAGCUGGCUACAGGUAGAUGGAUACCAGGUAUCACGAACAGACGGCCUGGAAAAUGAAAAAACGAG